AUGGCGGCGCUGACGGGAGCUCCUCCCCUCCCCCCUCCCCUUCCUCCCCGCCUUCGGGAGGAGGCCGAAGAACAGGAGAGCACCUGCCCCAUCUGUCUGGGGGAGAUCCAGAACGCCAAGACACUGGAGAAGUGCCGGCACUCAUUCUGUGAGGGCUGCAUCACCCGGGCCCUGCAGGUGAAAAAGGCCUGUCCCAUGUGUGGCCGCUUCUAUGGGCAGCUGGUGGGCAACCAGCCCCAGAACGGGCGGAUGCUGGUCUCUAAGGACGCCACACUCCUACUGCCCAGCUAUGAGAAGUACGGCACCAUCGUCAUCCAGUACGUCUUCCCGCCCGGUGUCCAGGGGGCUGAACACCCAAACCCAGGAGUUCGGUAUCCUGGUACCACAAGGGUGGCCUACCUCCCGGACUGCCCUGAGGGCAACAAGGUGCUGACCCUGUUCCGCAAGGCAUUUGACCAGCGUCUCACCUUCACUAUCGGCACGUCCAUGACCACAGGGAGACCGAAUGUCAUCACCUGGAACGACAUCCACCACAAGACCAGCUGCACAGGGGGACCCCAGCUGUUUGGGUACCCGGACCCCACCUACCUGACCCGGGUGCAAGAAGAGCUGAGAGCCAAGGGUAUCACAGAUGACUGAAGGACAUCCCCUUUGCCAAGCCCUUGCCUUUCUCCAUAGGACCCAGCGGAAGCCUCUGUUCUCCUCUCUCCCUCUGCCCCCCACGCCACACAAAUAGGGGACCAGUCUGACUGGGGAAGGAGUUCAGAGAGGGAGGGGGCAAUCCCUUCCCCUGUCCCCCACAGGCCAAGUGCUUCAGUGCAGUGUGAGCCACUCCCUUCUGGCAGAGGGAUCUCCCAGGCUCUGCUCCCCUUCUCCCCCUGUACAUACUCCCAAUCUCCCUGCCCCCUCCAUUGCCCUUGGCUUUUUCUGGUUCUGUGCUGUGCUCCAGUGACUAAGCUAAGAAAGGACCUGGGUGGGGAGGGAGGGUCUCUUGAGCCCCCUGGCCCCACAAACUGCUCCACUGCUGAACUUCGGUGUGGGGGAGGGCGAAUGGGGCUGAGGUGAGCCCCCAAGGAGCCGGCCUUGUGUGUUCUUCAGAAACAAUACCCCUUCUACCUUAACUUUGUCCUUUCUCUCCUGUGUCUCCGUCUCUGUCAGUCUGUCUCCCGCUCUUCUCUGCCCCGUCUAAGGAGCCUCCUUACCCUGAUCUGGAAUUGCCGCCAGACUGUAGCUUUUAAUUUAAUAAAAAUAAAGUAAAAUAAGCAACUCUC